UCAUCUAAAAACCAGACAAGGCUGACAAUCACAUGACAACGUCAAUCAGCUAACAUGUCCGAAAAUGUUACAAUACUAUUUCAUCUACUAUUGCUUCAUAUUAACACAAUGCAUACACACUUACACGCUAACUAACCAAGAUCACGCUCUUAGAAACGUAAAGGAAAAUGAAGAUCCGAAAUACAAAGAGAAAAGAUUCCGUCGGGAUAAAGAUCUUGCACUUUUCAACCUUGAUGAUUUUAUAACUAAAGAUAACGAAGGAUCUUAUGAUUAUAAUUCAUACAACAAACGCAAUAACAGGCCUUCAAUGGGAAGCGAUUACAAUUACCUCUUAGAUGACCUUGGAAACAAAGUCGAAGACAGUUUGAGAUACAAGGAUAAGCCGGCGGAAUUAAACCCUGGCCCUUCUGAGUACGAGGAUAUAAUGAACAAUGGGUAUGUUGAUCUGGACGCAUUGUCUGAAAAUAAGGGCUUUGUUCUGAAUGAUGAUGAAUCGGCGAAUAAAAUGAGAAGUCGCGACGAUUUGCUUAUUAGUAGAAGUGAUGUACAAAGUACUGGAAAGAAAUGUGCAUUCAAAGAGAUGAAGAUACCGUUUUUUUUCCAUAAUAAAUCUCCAAAGAACAAAAAAGCCAAAAAAAGGAAGACUUGUGCUAAUUGCAAGAAGAACGAGGUGCCGAAAUCAACGAAAGCUACAACGACUGACAAAUCAAAAAGUAAGAGGUCACAAGAAUUUAAAAUAUGUCCCGUUUGCAAUAAAAGAUACAGUAUAGAGUUUGAAACAGAUUCGGAUAAGAUUGGGGUGACUCCAAAAAUGAUUCAUAACAGCAGGCAGUAUUUUGCAGAAAUAUUAAAGAAAGAUAACAAUAAGAGUCUACCGAAUGCCGAAGAAGAUUAUGACAAUGGUCUAUCUUUCAUAGACGAUAAAAGAUUGAAGAGAUAUAGCAGUGAAGAGAACAUUUUAAAAGAAUUAGAUGAAGUACAGAAGAAAGUUGAUAACGUUGAUAUAAAUUUACCUAAUUUUGAGAAACGUAACUUGAUUUAA